CAGUCUUCACUGACUGCUUGCUGAUUUGCAUUUGUCCCAUGCGAGGCGAUGAACAAACUAAUGCUAAUUUCACUCGGAUUAGAUUAGAUUAGAUUCUGGUCACUCAUGACAUGAGGCAUUUUUACUCCAUUUAAUUUAGUAGCGAGCAAGCAGGCCAAAAUCUAGCUUGUCCUGACGAUGAUCGAUGAGAUCUCAUCUCACAUCUCUCUCCAGGUGCAGUGCAGUGGUAGGGGGCCGGCAGGGCAGCCAAACUAGCACCCAUACCACCAUUCUCAUCUCUCUCCUUGCUUCAAUUCCUCCGAUCCCCUGCAAGGCUAGCUGCGGCAGCAAGGUCGGCGAUGGAUCUGCACUACGGGUACGGCGGCGCCCGGGUCGGCGAGGCGGCCUACAUUGCCAGCGCCGCCGCCGGGUCCGGGUCGGGCGUGGUGGACGUGGUCACCCGCGAGUCGGCGGCGCAGGCGCUCGGCACCGUGGUGCAGCUCCACUUCGACAAGACGGUCGAGAAGAAGCGCGCCGCCGACGCCCAGAAGCAGGAGCUCUGGCGCCUCUUCCUCGCCUUCUUCCUCUUCCUCGCGCUCGUCCUCUCCGCCGUCGCCGGCUCCCCGCCCGCGCGCCUCCAGUGCCGCCACCUCUGGGCGCCUGCCGGCCUCCUCUCCCUCGCGCACCUCGCCUUGUACGCCGCCGUCGCGCACCACCUCCGCUGCCUCAACGGCUUCCGCUACCAGCGCCGCUGCCACAAGCUCACCCUCGCCCUCGCAGCCGACAGGCUCAGGAUGCUCAAGUCCGCCGGGGAGGUCGUGCCCGCCGCCGACGUCGAGGUGCCCUACCAGGAGCCGCCCGAGACCUACCUCGCCAAGUUCAGGCGAAGCUGGGCCAUCCACUUCGCCUUCCUCGUCGCCACAUUCGCCUUCUCCGUCGCCGCAACCGCCGCAAUCCUCUGCUUCUAGUAGCACUAGUUUUUUUUUUGUUGUUUAAUUUAAUUUAGCUGCGACUGCGAGGUUAUCACUUCACUGCUGCCCGUAUUAUUAGUAUGCACUCUCGCGGGCAGCAGCUGGACGAUUAGUUAGGUGGUAUGUACCAUUCUCGAUUACUGUACUAGUUAAGAUGAUGAUGAUGCUCUUCACUUCACUGCAAAUUGCAAGGCAGAUUGCAAAGCAGCAGUCAUCAAUGUAACAAGUUUAUUUGAGGCAUAUCCCUCUCAUUCUUUCCUGUA